AUGCUUGGGAAAAUCGCUCUCGAGGAAUGCUGGACGAUUCCAGAGGCUCUGGCAAACAACGACCCAGGGAAAUUUGUUGCAUCUGGGACUGGUGAUCGCCUGACGAGAGAACUUCUCGAUAUCCAUGACAUGCGACUUCGCCAGAUGGAUGAAAACGGCGUUGACUUCAUGGUUCUAUCAUUUGUCUCAGCAGGAUGUCAAGGAAUAUCAGAUCCUGCGAAAGCAGAAGCGCUAGCUACACUUGCAAACGAUAAACUCGAGGAAGAAGUGAUGAAGAACCCCACAAGAUUUGCGGCUUUUGCGGCAGUCAGCAUGCACGAUCCAAAGCAAGCAGCCAAGGAACUGACCCGCUGUAUGACAGAGAAGAAAGGUUUUGUCGGCGUCCUCCUCAACGACUUUCAGAGUAGUGGACCGGACGGAAAUACAAUGUUAUUCUUUGACCAACCUGAGUAUGACCCAUUUUGGAAAACUGCCAAUGAUCUCAAAACACCAGUGUACUUGCAUCCGAGAAUAUCUUCAAGUCUCAUCCAUAACCAGAUGUGGAAGGGGAGACCGUGGUUGGACUUUUCUGCCCUUGGAUAUGCAGAUCGCCUCAACAUGCAUAUUCUGGGAAUCAUCACCAAUGGUGUACUUGAUCGAUUCCCUGAUGUGAAGUUGAUUUUUGGUCACAUGGGUGAACACAUACCUUAUGAUAUUUACCGGAUUGAUCACAAACUUGAUCGGGCUCGGUUUCCCAAGAUGCCUAUGCGAAAAGACAAGCUCGUCCGAGAUUAUUUCGGGGAUCAAGUGUUCAUCACGACAAGUGGGCAUUUCUCAACACUAUUGAACUGGGAUCGAUUUAUCGUUCAACAAACACCCGCUCUGGUGUGUGCAAUGGGAGAGAUUGGUUCUCAGUCGAUCAUGUUCUCAAUUGAUUAUCCGUUCGAGAGCAUCCCAAAUGCAUGCGCGUGGUGGGACGAACAUGUUUCGGUGAAUCAGCAUGAUUUGGUGAACAUGGGCAGGAACAAUGUGUUGAAAGUGCUCCCGAGGUUGACCGAGGAACCUCAUAACUUGAAAAUAAUGACGCCAGCAGAGGGUCAAGUUGGUGGUCUUCGGGAAGGGAAAGUGACUUAUGGGAUGUAUAAUGAGGACUGGAGCAGGAGGUUGGUGAAGCAGUAGAGAAUAAAAACCCGGAAUCGUUAUCUCAUUCCUUGAAGC